AUGCAGAAUAAUAUAUUUACUACAAUGCGUAGUUUGAAGAUGAUGGAUGGGUGCAAGGGUACCCAAGUAUACAAUGUUAAUAAUCCGACAACCACCGGUGGCGGUGGAGGUGGCGUGGGGGAGAAAUUCUUUCAACAUCUGCAAGAUCAUUUGAGGGUUAAUCCGAAUUGGUCGAAAUCUCAUCGUCGUUACGAUAGUUUAUCUGGGAAUUGUAAUGUGAAUAUGAAUGAAUUGGUCGACGCAUUGGCGAUUUAUGGGCUUCCUCAGUUGGAUCUCAUUGAGCCCCAUAUUGAGUCGUGUCUUAAAUUUGUCGAGUUUGUGGAGAUCUUAGCCGAGGCUUAUAGAAAAAUGGUGAAUUGCCCUCAAUUUGAGAGAUCGGGAUUGUAUCUGGAGCAAUGUGCGAUAUUUAUGGGGUUGCCUGAUCCUAAAUUAUUUAGGAGAUGUCUUAGAUCGGCUAGGCAACACGCGGUGGAUGUGCAUUCUAAGGUCGUUCUUUCAGCUUGGUUGAGAUAUGAAAGGAGGGAAGACGAGUUGAUUGGUAUAUCGGCUAUGGAUUGUUGUGGGCGGAUCAUGGAAUGCCCGAGGAGUUCACUUAUUUCAGGGUAUAAUCCCGAGUCUGCAAAUGACUCUUGUUCAUGUCCCCGUGUUUUGGAGGAAAGUGAAGAGGCUAAUUUUGGGGAUGAAAGCAUGGAAUGCUCGACUUCGUUCAGUCUUAAUGAUGAUGUUGAUUAUGAUUAUGAUGAUUAUGAUAUGUAUUUUUGUAUUGGUGAUGAUGAGGUGAAGUGUAAUAGAUAUAACAUGGCCUCAAUUUCCAGACCAUUUAAAGCAAUGUUGUAUGGUAGCUUCAUGGAAUCACGGAAAGAAAGGAUAUAUUUCACCCAGAAUGGGAUUUCAGCAAAUGGGAUGAGAGCCGCGGAGCUGUUUAGCAGGACGAAGAGUGUAGAUUCAUUUAAUUCGAAUAUUGUCAUGGAACUUCUGUUAUUGGCUAAUAAGUUUUGUUGUGAGGAAAUGAAGUCUGCUUGUGAUGCACAUUUAGCAUCUCUAGUCAACGAUAUGGACACUGCUAUGCUGCUAAUUGAAUAUGGAUUGGAGGAGUCUGCAUAUAUUUUAGUGGCAGCUUGCCUGCAGGUAUUUUUGAGGGAACUGCCAAAUUCAAUGUACAAUCCAAAUGUGACGAGGUUGUUAUGCUCUUCAGAGGCACGGGAAAGACUAGCAUUGGUGGGGCAUGCUUCAUUUUUGUUGUACAAGUUUUUGAGCCAGAUAGCAAUGGAGGAAGACAUGAAAUCAAACACAACUGUAAUGCUGUUGGAAAGAAUGGGAGAUUGUGCUCUUGAAAAUUGGCAAAAGCAAUUGGCAUUCCAUCAGCUAGGGUGUGUGAUGCUAAAGAGGGAGGAAUACAAGGACGCCCAGAAAUGGUUUGAAGCAGCUGUGGAAGCUGGUCAUGUUUAUUCUUUAGUUGGUGUAGCAAGAGCCAAUUUUAAACGUGGUCACAAGUACAAUGCGUACAAAUUGAUGAACUCCCUCAUUUCUGACUACACGCCUUGUGGGUGGAUGUACCAGGAACGAUCGCUGUAUUCUAAUGGAAAAGAGAAGAUGAUGGAUUUAGACACCGCUACUGAAAUGGAUCCCACUCUUUCCUAUCCAUACAAGUAUAGGGCUGUCUCUAUGGUGGAGGAUAAACUCGGGGGUGCUAUCUCCGAGAUUAACAAAAUAAUCGGUUUCAAGGUCUCUCCCGAUUGCCUUGAGCUCCGUGCAUGGUUUUCAAUUUCCCUCAUGGAUUAUGAAGGGGCUCUAAGAGACACUCGAGCACUUCUAACUCUUGAUCCCCAUUACAUGAUGUUUCAUGGGAAGCUGCAGGGCUGCCAUUUGGUCGAACUCUUAUCUCAUCAUGUUCAGCAAUGGAGUCAUGCUGAUUGCUGGAUACAACUUCACGAUAGAUGGUCGUCUGUUGAUGAUAUUGGUUCUCUAGCUGUUGUACACCAAAUGUUGGCUAAUGAUACCGGGAUGAGCCUCUUGUUAUUUCGCCAAUCUCUUAUCCUCCUACGGAUAAAUUGCCACCAGGCUGCUAUGAGAAGUCUGAGAAUGGCACGAAAUUAUGCUGCCUCAGAUCACGAGAGGCUUAUCUAUGAAGGAUGGGUUUUAUAUGACACCGGCUAUCGUAAGGAAGCAAUAUCAAAAGCUGAUGAAUCCAUCUUAAUCAAGAGAUCAUUUGAAGCCUAUUUCCUAAAAGCUUACAUUUUAUCUGAAACAACUACAGAUCAAGAGUCUUUGUUGUAUGUUAUCGAACUUCUUGAGGAAGCUCUUAGAUGCCCAUCAGAUGGCCUUAGGAAAGGACAGGCAUUAAGCAAUCUGGCAAGUAUCUAUAUAGAUGUCGAUAAGCUGGAUUCUGCUACUGAUUGCUACAUGAAUGCCCUGAACAUUAAGCAUACGAGAGCACAUCAGGGACUAGCACGUGUCUACCAUCUCAAAAACCAGCGCAAUGCUGCAUAUGAUGAGAUGACAAAGUUGAUUGAAAAGGCAAGAUACAGUGCAUCUGCUUACGAAAAACGUUCGGAAUAUUGUGAUCGUGAGAUGGCUAAAAGUGAUCUUAGCAUAACAACACGAUUGGAUCCCCUACGGACAUAUCCAUAUAGAUAUAGAGCUGCCGUUUUCAUGGAUGACCAUAAGGAAGCCGAAGCAAUUAAAGAGCUCACAAAAGCUAUAGCUUUCAAGCCGGACCUACAGCUGUUCCAUCUUCGAGCAGCAUUCAACGAUUCAAUCUGUGAGUACGCUUCCACCGUCCGAGACUGUGAGGCAGCCCUCUGUCUUAAUCCCAAACAUGCCGAUACACUUGAACUUUAUCAUAAAGCACAGGAACGAACCAAUGAACAAAAAAAGACAUGA